ACACUUGGGUGACAGUAAGGCACUUGGGCAAUCAUAGGGACAUUUUGGGCAACUACAGGGGAUUGGGAGAACUAUAGGGGGGAAUUAGGACACCUGGGCCUCACGUGCAGGGCAGGCUGUGCUCCUCUGUGACGGAGACUUUAAAACUGUGUCAGAGACUACAAAAACCGUGUCGGGGUGGAUAUUUUUUUCUUUUUGCAGUGCAGUGAGAGCCACCCAAAGCCAGCGGAGCGCGCAGCGGUGCAGCAGGACUCCUGGCUGCCGGGCUCGGGCUGCUCACCGGCGGCCAGACUCAAAUCCCUUCACACCCCCAGCCUGCGGCGACACGGUUUUUUUUUCUUCUCAGCUUGUCACCUGAAGCCUGUAACGUGUGUGUGUGUGUGUUUUUUUUUAAAGCUCCUACCGUGAGAGGGCGUAUCCGCUUUCAGAGAGAGGUUGAGCGGAGGGAGUGGGAGGGCUUUUCUGUGUUUUUCUCUUUGGUUUGAAACAUAGCAAGAAAAGCAGCGACCAGCCACGCCGCCCACCGAACAGGGCGAAGCGCGCAUCGACAAUUUCGCAGCCGCCGCCGCCGCCGCUGCCCCGAUUAAAUCCACGGAGGAGCGGAGGAGAGCAGACACCCACUGGCAGAGAGACAGGGGAGGACUGCUGCUGUUAUCCGACAGAGGAACUAAAAGAAAAAAGAAAAAAAAGCUCCUGGAGUGGGAAGUGAAAGGCGAUAAUGAAAGUGCCCUCUCUCUCUGAUGGAUGACCAUGUUGCCACCAAAGAGCUGUGACAUCACUGUGAAGUCGUGGAUGUUGGUAGACGGCGUGCUGUCUUAACUUCCCUUGGAGUUGUGCAGCCUUUCUACGAGACCCGUUUGACGCACCUCCUCUUAAAUAACUGCUGUUGUCUGCCAGUAAAUAUAAUUAGGGACCACCUAUCCUAUCUUUAAAAAAAAACAAAAUAAAAAAAUGGAGACUCUUUCCCAAGAUUCCAUUCUGGAGUGCCAGAUCUGCUUUAACUACUACAGCCCUCGCCGGCGGCCCAAACUCCUGGAUUGCCGACACACGUGCUGCUCGGUGUGUUUGACCCAGAUGCGCAGCAGCCAGAAGGAGAUUCGUUGCCCCUGGUGCCGUGGCGUCACCAAGCUCCCGCCGGGCCUGUCCGUCUCCCAGCUCCCGGAUGACCCGGACAUCAUCACUGUCAUCGCCAUCCCUCACGCCUCUGAGCACACGCCCGUCUUCAUCCGCCUCCCCAGCAACGGCUGCUACAUGCUGCCGCUGCCCAUCGCCAAGGAGCGGGCGUUAGGCCUGCCGGGGGAGCUGGGAUGUCGUUUCCUGCCCGGCGGCCAGCAGAAGGGGGUGACGGUGGUGACCGUGCCCGAGCAGCAGCCUCUGGGCUUGGCUAUGGGUCUGGAGGGUGUGGGGGUGGGGCUGGAGGGAGGCGAGGGCGAGAGGAGAGUUACCGGCCCGGUGGGAGGAGGGAAGGGCUCCACGUGGUCCGGCGUGUGCACGGUGAUCCUGGUGGCGUGCGUGCUGCUCUUCCUCCUGGGCAUCGUGCUGCACAACAUGUCCUGCAUCUCCAAACGUUUCACUGUCAUCUCCUGCGGCUGAGGGCGGGGGGAGGCACCUCGGACUGCCGUGGCCCCCCUCCACCCCCCCAGCCCCCGCCCCUCCCCCUGGAUUCCCCCACUAGUCCUGCCUCUCCUUAGGACGGGACUCUGCUGAGGAGAGGGGACUAAACUCACAUCAUGGGCAUCCAAGGAAACUUCAGAGCAAUGUAGGGAGAAACAGAUGAAGAAGAAGAGGGCAGGGAGAAGAUCCACGAACAGUCUGCAAUUGUGUCCAAUUGUCUUUAUUUGGGAGACUAAAAUUAAAAUGGAAAUACAGAUACAAACCUUCAUUUUUCUUUUUGCCGGCCCUGAAACUUCCGUCCUUUUUCUGUCCUUCCUUUUUUGUCUAAAAGAACGCUUUGGGAAUUACUCCAGAAAAGUUUUUGGCCAGUUGAUAUGUUUUUGGCCAGCUAAUAUGUUUUUUGGCCAGCUAAUAUGUUUUUUGGCCAGCUGAUAUGUUUUUGGCCAGCUGAUAUGUUUUUGGCUAGGGGCCGAUCUGACACUCACUCACACUCGAGGCUGUUGGAUUGCCUGUUUAGUCUGUGGUUUGUAAAAGUGCAUCUGAUACCAUAGUGUUGUUUAGCGGAGUCUAGGUUCCAAGUGCGGCGUCUCCAGCUGGUGCUGCAGUACAAAGAGUUCGAACUUGGCUGCUCUCCGUCCUCUGAUGCUGCAGGAAUUAACUGUGCAGGAUCAACGUCUGGCCCCAUCUGAAUCAUCUGGGAAACUCAAAAUCAACGCAGCUUUUUUCCUCCUUUCAUACAACCUGUUCAUGUUCAGAACGAACUGUUGCUAUAAUGGCUCUGUGUAGUUAGUAAAUGGAUUGUUGUAAAAGAAAGACAUAACCUGGAUUGUAUUGUUCAUUCAUGCCAGCAUAUUACAGGCCUGAACUUAAAACACAGGUAGUAGUGAGUUGCUUUAUUAGGUCUUAAAAGGUUUGAUUGCUGAUACCAUUAGGCAAUGAAGAGAUUGGUCGGUAGUUAAAAACUUGUUUAUGACAUUUAUCAAGCAACAAAAUAAUUUUCAGCUUGUUUUGCAGGGGUUUUUUCUCGGUUUUAUAUCGUAAAUUCAAUAUCAUUGGGUUUUAGGUUGUUGGUCGGACAGUGCAAAUAAUUUGAAGACACUUUGGCUAUCAAAAAUUGCGAUGUCACAAUUAUCUGACAAUUUUUUCACUAAAUGAUUAAUUGAAGAUCUAAUUGAUUGCCUGUUAAUUAAAAUGAUCACUAGUUACUGUCCUGUUUUUGAAUGUGGUGAAAAACAAUUUGUACAGCUGCUGAAAAUGUACAGGCUAUCUGAUAAACAAAGAAAUUGCUUAACACACUGUAUUUGGAACUGAAGAAAUUUAAAAAAGGAAUAGUUUGACAUUUUGGGAAACACACUUAUUUACAUUCUGUCCAAGUGGCAGAUCGAUACCACUCCACACUGUCUGUGUGCUACCUACGGCUCAACAGCCAAGAGGCGAUUAGCCUAGCUUACCAUGAACUGGAACAGGGGGAACAGUUAGCCUGGCUCACUUUAUCAGCACCUCUUUAAUUAACAUGUUGUAUCUCGGUUGUUUAAUCUGUACACAAACAGAACUGUAAUAUUUUGCUAAAUUACAGUGUGCUAAAGUGCUACAUGCUACGUGAGUUACAGCACGUGCUGUAACUCACGUAGCAUGUAGCACUUAGCAAAACAUUAUAGGGAUUAUAGGUUUUAUAGGGAGUUAUGUAUAACUCCCUAUAAAACCGCAACCUAUUUUUUUGUAUAAACAAAAUAAAACACGUUAUAGUAAUUUGUGAACUUUAGAAGCAUUUAUUUGUAUUUGCGUGUUUCUGUACUUUGAAGAGCGCAAGGCUAGCUGUUUCCCCUAGCUAACUAGCUGUGUUGAGAGUUGCAGCUACAUGGUACAUGAGCAAACCUAAGCUUUACAUUUGUAUACAGUUUAAACAUACAAAAUAAAACAUGUUACAGUGAUCUGUGAGCUUUAGCUGUGAAGGUGUGUUAUUUAACUUUUAAAAAGAGGCAGGCCAACUGUUUCUCCCUGCUUUUAGGUGGUUUUGCAGGUAUAUGCUACAUGCUACUUGAACAUGCAGCUCUCCAUAAAACUACAACUUGAUCAACAAGAUAGAACAUGUAAAAAUAAUUUGAGUUUAAGCUGUGUAUGUAGGUCUUUAUACUAAGCUAAUCUGAAGCUAAUCUUCUCCUGGCCAUAGCUCUGUAGCCUACAUGAGAGUGGUAAGGAUCUCCUGGCAAGAAGGCCAAUAUAAGCGUAAAUGUCAAACAAUUUCUUAAAAUAAAUGUAAUGAAAAACGUGCACAUUCAAGGCAACUUCUCUCUGUUUUCCCACGGAUGCUAAGUGUGUUCUCUUUCAUCGAUUAGUUAACUGCCCAUCUACUUUUCACCCUAACCUGGAGACAAACCUCGUCCUCUAAAGAUGGACUCUCCGGCUUUGACCAGGCCUUCACUGGCAGCCCACGCACCAUCGACUCCCUUCAUCUUAAUACCUUCCUUAAUUUAGAAAAAACGAUGGAUAUGGGCUCAGCAGUGCGAUGGUGUGUGUUUAUGUCCGUGAGUAAUGGGUCAGUAACGGGUCAGGAGUGGGCGGGGCGCUGCAAGGUUCCAGUUAACGACGGCCGUAUCGAUUUAUCUGCUUUUGAAUAUCUCUCGCAUCCGCAGAGAUGGAUGCUUCUCUUUCUUUUACACUUUUAUAUGUUGAGGCAAGCAAUUUGUCUGUUUACUGUAUCUUUAAAGCAAUGGAGUGUAUAGCACACACAAACAGGGUGAACUCUUUUGUACAGCAGCCUCGUCUUGUACAGAAUGAUUGUAAUAUCCUUGUCUUUUUCUGAUAACUAUCUUUUGUUAACACAUUUUACUUGGUUAGUAUUAAGAUUUGAGAUUAGGGAGCUCUCUCUCUUUGUAUGUCUAAAAGAAACAAACAUGUUAUUCAGUACACUUCAGGGCACUCAUGAUACAACAGGAAAGAAAGUGAUUAGUUUUAUGGUAUUUAGUAUAUAAAGAAUUAUGUACUGUACCAAAAUUAUCCAUAUCAACAUGGUUUUACCACCAUACUCAUUCUACUCAACAGAAAACAGCGACGUUUUUCUUAAAAAAUUAGCAACUUGUCUUUGAUUUCAAUUUAUUUUGAUUUGGCAUCUGAUAUCAGCAUGAUCUCAACAAAGCAAUGUCUGAGUUUUCUUCUGUCUCCUCUGAGUGUUUUGGACAUUUAAAUCACUCUCAAAUGGAUUAAAUCAUGAAACAUGCUUCAGCCAUUUGGCAGCUCAAGGCUUCCUGCCCAGGAAUAUUCUGUUAUGAAAGCGUUCGGGGAACAAUAGGGCAACUAUUUGUUUUGCAGAUGCAGUGAAGGUCAGCUGAUCUGGUUCAUGUGGGACAUGCACGCUGGUUGCAACUCCUGUUGCUCUGAGACUAUUCUGAAAGUCCUUUUGAAUUGCGCUGCUUAGCUGAAAGUUGAAAUAUUUUUAGCUCCGAACACUCGGCGCUCUGUCGGCUCUAGAAAACUUGUUAAUGUCUCAGCACUUGAGGUUGAAGUGGUUGUCUGCCGUGGCCCGAGAUAACUUCUGAACUGAAUACUUUUUGGGGGAAUCUUGAUGAAGGCUAUGUGACAUACUUAAUACUGGGGUUUAUAGCUUGUAAAUAAUGCUUUAUUAUUACUUAAUGCUUUAAAAAUCAGUAAUGAACCAUUUAUAGGAAGAGCUUUUAUUUUCUGAAAAAUGUGUUCGGCUGGUGUAUGUUUUCUUAUCGAACACUUUAAAUCACCAGUAGUCAACAGACUGCGCCAACUGCCGUGUGUGUUUUUACUGAUUUAUAAAGCAUUAAUAACGAAGGGUAUUUUCUAAAAUAAACCAUGCCCUAUUAAAAAGUAGUGUUAAAGAAUCUUUGAUUUUAGUAUGAUAGUCCUGCUGGAAUUCACUGUUACGAUUCUUUAAGCAUUUCCAUUGGAGGGAACAGAA